AUGGACCCUAGCCACCUUCAUCAUAUGAGUGUGAGUGUGGAUUCGGGUGGCGGCAGUGGUGGUGGUGGUGGCGGUGGCGGCGGCAGCGACCGGUUUCCGCAAUGGAGUGUGCAGGAAACGAGGGAUUUCUUGAUGAUAAGGGCGGAGCUGGAUCCGACGUUCAUGGAGACCAAACGUAAUAAGCUUCUAUGGGAAGUUAUCUCUACAAAGAUGAAGGAGAGGGGGUAUAAUCGCAGUGCUGAGCAGUGCAAGUGCAAAUGGAAGAAUCUUGUUACACGUUAUAAGGGUUUUGAGACAAUGGAACAAGAAGGUAUGAGGCUACAAUUCCCAUUCUUUAACGAGUUGCAAGCGAUCUUCACUGGUCGGAUGCAACGGAUGCUAUGGUUGGAAGCCGAAGGCGUACCUAGCGGAUCAUCAAAGAAGAGAACGACGCAUAAUUUGUCUUCGGACGAGGAGGAAGGCAAUGACGAUAGCGAUGUGGAGAAGGCAAGCAUCAAUAAGAAGAAGAAGAAGAUUGCAAACAUCGGAAAAGGGAAUUCGGAUAGUACGAUGGUGAAUUUGAAGGAGAUAUUAGAGGAUUUGAUGAAGCAACAAAUGCAAAUAGAAAUGCAAUGGAUGAAGAUGUAUGAGGCAAAGGAAGAGGAGAGGAGGAUGAGGGAAAUGGAAUGGAGGCAAACGAUGGAAGCGUUGGAGAACGAGCGAGUUAUGUUCGACCGGAGGUGGCGAGAACGAGAAGAAGAAAGACGGAUCCGAGAGGAAAACCGAUCCGAAAAAAGAGAUGCUCUUAUAACCGCGCUUUUGAACAAGCUUAGACAUGAAGGUUUAUAGGUUCAUAUCUAGAUUUUGUUUGGACGGAAUUGCUCAUAAAAAGCUUGGAUUCACAGGUUAGUCUACAAUCUGUUUUUAGGGCAUAAGAUAAGUGGAAAUAGUUGAACAAUAGAUCUUGUCACAUAGUU